UGUUUGUUUGUGAGAAGGAAUAACAUUUUCAAAUGGUGGUUUUUGCAGGCUCAUAUUUGAAAGCGACCGUGGAAAUGUUGAAGGAGAAACUUUACACCCUUGUAUUCGUGCAGUCUGCUCAGCGGAUUCUCCUCGGCAUGAAGAAGAGAGGAUUUGGUAAAGGAAGGUGGAAUGGAUUUGGUGUAAAUAAUGCAGAUGAAAACAUUGUGGAUGCUGCUAAAAGUCGCGGCGUGAUGAAUGUGCACGUUUUCCAUACAAAACAUUAUGAAGGGGAUCCGGAGGAGACAGAAGAAAUGCGACCAAAAUGGUAUGACAUUGCAAACAUACCGUUCAGCGACAUGUGGCCAGAUGAUCAUCUAUGGUUCCCAAUAAUGCUGAAUGGAGCAAAGUUCGAAGGCUAUUUUAAAUUCCAAGGAAUGGACAAUAUUUUAGAACACACAUUGAAGAAAGUGGAUACAUUAAAUCCAGUAUUGUAAUUUAUUAUGUAUCUGUAUGUAUUAAUGUAAGCUAGGAUUGAAUAGCUGUUGAGUGAAAUAGAUGAUUUAUUUUAAUUACGUAUGGGAGCCACCAUACCGAUUUAUUAUUAUUGACUAUAUUUGUGUGCAGACGCCGGUUACAGUAACAAUACAACAAACACUUGGAAAAAGCAGAUCUUAGUUAGUGCUGCAGCGCAAUAGCGUACAGC